UUAAAAAAAAAUUUUUUUAUGAAAAUUCAAAAAUUUAUUUUAAUUUUGAUAGCAUUAUUGCUAUUGGAGAGGAAAACAAUUGGAGAGGAAAACAGGGCGAAUGAACACGAAAAAAGGGAAAUUGAAACGGUAGAGAAUUUAAUUGAAAAGUUUAAAAAUUUGGUAAAUGUCGAAGAAUAUAAACAUACUGUUAAUGUAAUAGAAGAUUUUAGAAAGUAUUAUGAGGGAAAUAGAAAAGAAGAUAAUGCUGAGAGAGAAAUAGUAGAAAACCAACUUUCAUUUUUAUUAAAAGAAUUACCUAAAGAUGAAGAAAAUGCUGGAGAAAAAGAAGUCAGAGAAAAACAAGUUGGGGAAAAACAAGUUGGAAAAACAGACGAACAAGUUGGAAAACAAGCUGUUGAUUUGAGUAUAAAAACAUGGGAUGAACAAACAAUAAACAAGUUGAAAGAAAAAAGCAAACAAAACAUGGAUGUGUUUAUUGACUAUAUAAAUAAACUUGUUUGUGGGAAAGAAAAGUUGGAGGAACUAAACAACAAAGCUAGAGAAAUAAAAACAAUUAUGGAAGCAAAUAAACAUAACAAUUAUGUUUAUAAAGCUUCUAGAGACUAUAGUUUGCAGAUAAUUGGACGAUUAUACGCGUUUCGAAAAGAAACCGAUUCAAUUUUAAUUAAAAUUGUAUUGCUAAAGAAGGGUUAUCCAACAAAUUAUUUUAAUUUUGGAGAAUUUUUGGAAGGAACAAAUAAAAAAUUUAAAGAAUUGGUUAAGAUUGGAGAUGGAAAACAUUAUUUAAUUAAAAAAGAAUUUGAUAAUUUAAAAGAAGGAAUAAUUAAAAGUAUAGAAGGGACAAAAGGGAAAAGAAAAAAGUUUAUAAAAUGCCAAAAAAUAAUUAAAGAAAGGAGUGAAUGGUUUGAUAAACAAGGAGAAUUGAGAUAUAUUAAUUAUUAUAUAGAUAGUAAGAAAAGUUUUGUGAAACUUUUAAAUAAAUUGGAAAGCGCAAAAAAGUUGUUAAAAAUAAAAAGAAAAGAAGAAGAAAAGUUGUUAAAAAGUAAAAGAAAGGAAGAAGAAAAGUUGGCAGAAAAUAAACUUGAAGAAAUGAAAAAAGAAACAAUUUCUGGAAUACCCCCAAUUGUUAAAACAAUUAUAAAUAAGGCGGAAAUAAUCGAACAAGUUUUAAUAGAGGGGAAAUUGUUGGAAAGAGAAUUGGAAGCAUUAAAAAAGUUUUCGAAAGAGAUGACAAAAGUUGAUUUUAUAAACAAGUUGGAAGCAAUUCAAACAAGUUUGGAAAACAAAAAAGAAAACAAACAUGUUGGGGAAAACUUGGAAACAAUCCAAAUAAGUUUAAGUUUGGAAAACAAACAAGAAAACAAACUUGUUGGGGAAGAAACAAUUCAAACAAAUGUUGGAGAAGACAUAGAAACAAUUCAAACAAAUGUUGGGGAAGACUUUGAAACAAGUAAAACAAAUGUUUGGGAAAACUAUGAAACAACAAUUAAAACAAAUGUUUGGGAAGCAUUAAAAACAAUCAAGAAGACUGUUUGGGAAAAAUUAGAAAAAAUUAAAACAAGUUUGGCAAAAAAGCAAGAAGGAAACUUUAAAAAAAAUAAACAAAGUAAACUAAUAAACAAGUUGAAAACAAUACAGAAAGAUGCAAGAAUUGAAAACUUUAAAACUUGUUUAGAAAUGUUGGAGUCAACUAAAACAAUGUUUUAUAUAAAUGAAAUGAAACAAGAGUUGCUGAAAAGAAUUCCAAAGCUUGAAGAAUGUUUUAAAAACAAGAAAAAGAAAAGUUUUGAACAAGUUUUAAACGAGUUGAAAUUAGCAAAAACAAGUUUAUUAAACUUGAAUGGUCAAACAGAGGUGUUAAACAAGUUGGAAAAUAUAAAACAAGUUUUAGAAAAGAAAGAAAGUAAAAACAAGAAGGAAGAGAAAGACAAAGUUUUGAGAAUGUUUAGAGAGGUAACAAACAAGUUUGAGAAAAAUAAGGAUUAUGAUAAGUUUGUUGUGAAUUCAAUCAACAAUACAAAGGAAAUGCUGGAGGAGGGAACGCCUUAUGUAGAUGUUCUAGACAAGUUGGAAAUAACUAUAGGGUAUUUAACAAAUUGUACAACACGAAUAAAUUUGUUAAACGAGUUGGGAUUAACCAAACAAAGUUUUAUGGAAAAAGAGAGUGAUGAAAAAUUAUUUAAACAUUUGGAGAGGAUGGAAACAAUUUUAUCAAAAAAUAUAAGUUUAGAAACAUUGGAAAAAAUGAAAAGAAAGUUGGAAGUUGAGGGGGAUAUUGUAACUAAAGAAAACUUGAUAGAUGAAGAAUUAUUAGAUAAAAUGUAUCAAAAAGUUGGACAUAUACAAAAUAAUAUAAAUGUAAAACCAGGAGAUCUUAAUGAAAUUGAGGAAUGUAAAAAAUGGGAAAUGCCAGAAAGUAAAGAAAAAAAUGCUGAAUUUACAAAGAAAGUGGAAGCUUAUAGAUUCAACUUGGUCAAUCGUUUUGUCUUGUUAGAAAAUUUAACAAUGCCUAAAAUAGUUAAAAAUUCGAAAAGUAUUGUAGAAACUAUAAAAGAAAAUCAAAAGGUUGGUGAAAAUAUUAAAGAGGAGGGUGAAAAUAUAGGAGAUAACAAAAAGAAGGAUAUGCUGAAUAAAUUAAAAAAUAAAAACAAGGAAUUGCGGACAAAUUUAAUGAGACUUGAGAAAUAUUUAAAUGAAUCUGAGAUUGUGAUAAUAAAUUUUAUUGAGAAUAAUGCUGAGGUAAGGAUAUAA